AUGACGGCGAACAAUUCGGCAUCUGAUACCAUAUUGCCGGUCCCUGAAGAAUCUCCAAAUCUCCAAUCCUCAUCUGGAAAACAGGUUGCUCAUUUCCUUGAUAGCGUAAAUAAUGGCGACGAUAAUCGCAACUUCACAUUUGAGGAGGAGAAACAGGUUUUACGACGAAUCGACAUGCGUGUCUUGCCCUUACUACUAGGCGCUUACUUCUUUCAACAGCUUGACAAAUCGUGUUUAUCUUAUGUAUCGAUAUUUGGACUAGUUGAGGAUACGCAUCUCGUCGGCCAGCAGUACUCAUGGCUGGGUUCGAUCUUAUACCUUGCCCAACUUGUGAUGCAGCCCUUGGCAGCUGUUUUGCUUGUAAAAGCGCCCACGGGUAAGGUCAUUGGGACCGCAGUAUUUCUAUGGGGAAGUGCUCUCACUAUCACAGCCGCUUGUACGGAGUUUAAAAGCUUACUUGCAAUGCGUUUCAUUCUUGGGUCUUUUGAAUCUAUGAUCGCACCAUCUUGUAUCGCUGUAACACAAAUGUGGUGGCGCCGGAGCGAACAGACACUACGUGCAGCACUAUGGAACGGUAUGAACGGCCUCACUUUCAUCAUUGGAAGCCUGUUCACAUAUGGCCUUGGCCAUAUAAAGAGUGAUACUCUUCACUCGUAUCAAAUAAUCUUCAUGUUUUGCGGGCUUUUAACAGUCCUAUAUUCCGCAUUCGUGUUGUUAUUGAUGCCUGAUUCUCCAAUGGAGGCGAAAUGCUUGAGUGACCGAGAGAAGUUUAUCGCUGUUCAACGUCUACGCGCUAAUCAGAUGGGCAUUGUGUCGAGACAAUGGCGUUGGGACCACGUUUUGGAAACCUUCUAUGACCUCAAGACUUGGGGCUGGUUCUUUCUCAUUAUUGCCAUAUCAAUCCCGAGCGGUGGUAUCAGCAGCUUUGGUAGCCUCAUUGUCAAAUCAUUUGGCUAUACCAGCUUCCAAUCAAUCCUGUUUAAUCUCCCGUUCGGAGCCAUUCAGAUAGUUGCAAUCAUUGGAGGCGGAUGGGUGGCCACCCGUUUCAAGACUAAAGGGCUGGUAAUUGUGUUUUUCGCGAUUCUUCCGGCAAUCGGUACAAUUAUCAUGCUUGUCACUCCACGGCACAACAAGGGUGUUCUUCUCUUCGGCUACUACCUGGUAUCCACGAUGGCAGCCAUCACACCUAUGAUUUACACAUGGGAGGCACAAAAUACGGCUGGUGAUACCAAGAGGAAGUGUACAUCAGCGGUUGUCCUCGUAGGAAUGUGCACUGGAAAUGUUAUUGGCCCUCAACUAUACUCACCUUCGCAGGCCCCGGAGUAUCGACCAGGUUUAAUCGCUAACUUGAUCAUGUUUGUCGUGGUGGCAAUUUUUGCAAUUCUCAUGGAUCUCUAUCUAGUCUUUCUCAAUAAGAGACACUCCCGACAAAGAGAAGCUCUCGGCAAGUCGGCAGUUGUCGUUGAUGAGUCAAUGAUGACAAAACAUAAAAUUGAGACGAACAAAGCCGUUGAGUUGGAGGAUAUCAAUGAGAGUCCUGAUCUGAGUGUGGCCGACAAUGGGUUUUCAGACAUGACAGAUCUCCAAAACGAGGAUUUUAUCUACGUUUAUUAA